AUGUCAAACCAAGUAAUACGACAGAAACGAAAUGGUAAACAGGAAGUGGAAACCCCUGCAUUGUCAAUGGCAGGAAGGAUUUCGAUAAAGGAAAUGGGUAGCAGUUACAAAGCAGAAUCGGCCACGAUCCAGCAAUCAAAAAAGUCUACAGAGCCAGAGGAGUACAAUGAUCAAGCAUUUGAAUUGUUUAUGACUAAAAUACAUGGGUAUUUACCAGAUUCAUCACAUGAAGUUAUCCAAUCAGCAGCAAAAGUUGCUAGUGAACAGUUGAGUAGUGUAGAUGUACCUGUACAACAAAAGAGAUCCGAUCUUGAAGAGUUGUUAAAUGUCAAGAUAAGUGAUACAGAUUUGAAUGAGUUGAUUCAAUUGGCCAAUAAAAUUCUAGCGUCAAGAUUAGAGCAGGAGAAACUUCAAGAGGAAAAUGAAUAUGUUGCCGUGAAUUUUGAAGAAUCUGAAGAUGAAAAUGACCAUGGGUUUGAAGAAGAAAUCGACGCCGAGGAGGAAAGUGAACCUGUUGAUGUUAUUUGUGAUUGGCAAUGGUUGGAAGGAAGAUUUCCUGAACAGAGUUUAGGGAUUUUUGAUUUACUUGCUAAUAAGGAAUUAACAGUGGGACAAUUGGAUAAUGAUCUCAAUGAGUUGUUGGAUUACGAACAUAAUGAUCUUGUUGUGAAGUGUAUUGAAAAUCGUUGGCGUAUUGUGUUUACCAAGAAGAUGGUUAGUGAACCGAGAGAUGUUGUGAUACAAGAGAUGAAGGAUCUUAAAUUGGAUUCUUUGUUGGAUGAGUUUUUCAAAAAGAGACCAAUCGAAGAGGAGGAGGAUUCUGGUACUAAACGCCAGAGGUCGAGUCAGAGAAUCACACAGCGGGUCAAUUUGGAAAAGAUUAUUUUUUCUACCAAAGCUGAAACUACAAAGAUCACCCUUCCAGAAGGGACUUUUCAGGAGAAUAAAAAGUCGUACGAUAUAAUCACUGUUCCACCACCAGAACAGCCUGCAUUGGCUGAUGAUGAAAUUCUACCGACAUCUACAUUGCCACCUUGGGCACAACAGGCAUUUCCUACAAAUGAAACCACUACUUUUAAUAGAAUCCAAUCCAAGAUUUAUCCGCAAGCGUUUGAAACAGACAACAACUUGCUCAUUUGUGCUCCAACGGGUGCGGGUAAAACAAAUGUGGCCAUGUUGACUAUCCUUCGAACAAUUGGCAAUUAUCGUCAGAAUGAUCAUGUUCAGUUAAAGAAUUUCAAGAUUGUAUACAUUGCUCCGUUGAAAGCGUUGGUACAGGAACAAAUGCGUGAAUUCCAAAGAAGAUUAACGGCAUCAUAUGGUGUUGUUGUGAAUGAGUUGACUGGUGACCUGGCAUUGUCCAAACAGCAGAUAUUGGAAACCCAGAUUAUUGUGACCACACCAGAAAAGUGGGAUAUCAUCACCAGAAAGGAUCCAAGUUAUGUGAAAUUGGUAAAGUUGAUCAUUAUUGAUGAAAUUCAUUUGUUGCACGAUGAAAGGGGACCGGUGUUGGAAAGUAUUGUCAGCAGGACAGUAAGAAGAUCCGACGAGGUUAGAAUCGUGGGGUUGUCGGCUACUUUGCCGAACUAUAGAGAUGUUGCCAAGUUUAUUCAAGUGCCUGUCGAAGGGUUGUUUUAUUUUGAUGCUACAUUUAGGCCUUGUCCGUUGCAGCAAGAGUUUGUUGGUGUCAAGGAGAAGAAGGCUAUUAAGAAAGUAGCAGCAAUGAAUGAAGCGUGUUAUGAUCGAAUGUAUAAGAGUUUGAAAGACGGGCACCAGUUGAUUGUGUUUGUUCACUCGAGAAAUGAGACCUUCACUACGGCAAAGUAUUUACUGGAGAAGUUGGACAUGGAUAUUGUUGAACACGAGGGAACCAAAGAGGUGUUGAAACAAGAAGGCGAGUCCAUGAAGAAUGCCAAGUUGAAAGAGAUAAUUUCCCACGGGUUUGGUAUCCAUCAUGCUGGUUUAUCCAAAAGUGACAGAAGCACUGUGGAAGAUUUGUUUGCUCAAGGGCAUUUGCGUGUAUUGGUUUCAACGGCUACUUUAGCGUGGGGUGUUAAUCUUCCUGCCCAUACAGUUAUCAUCAAAGGUACUGAGACAUAUUCUCCCGAGACAGGUACAUGGGUGCAGUUAUCACCGCAAGAUAUCUUGCAGAUGUUGGGUAGAGCUGGUCGUCCUAGAUAUGAUAAGAAUGGUGAGGGGAUUAUUAUUACUUCUCAAGAUGAGAUACAAUACUAUUUGGCUAUUUUGAAUCAACAGUUGCCUAUUGAAUCGCAAAUGGUGCAUAAACUAGUUGAUAAUGUCAAUGCUGAAGUGGUAGCUGGUUCGAUUACGAGUAUUGAAGAAGGGAUUGAGUGGCUUGGGUAUACGUACUUUUUCGUUAGAAUGUUGCAGUCCCCAUCAUUGUAUGGAAUUGAAGCCAGUUAUGAUUUGGAUAGUGAUCCAAGUUUGUAUA